AUGAGGGAUAUGCCUACUACUGCUAAGUUAAAUAAAGGUUCUGUACAACUUGAACGUGAAGUAGAAUUGAAUGCAGUUGCAGAAGGCAUGCAUACUUGUGAGACCGUCAGUGUAAUUGAUCAGCGUGUAGCCCACCUAUCAUCAGAUGAUAGUGCUAAACCCGAACUAGUAGUGAAAGACAGCAGUGGUGGUAAUCUUGCAGUUGGACAACUAUCUGAAAGCCGAAAAAGAACAGCUUCUGAUCCACCGCUAAGUUCAUCACCUUGUGUCACUCAGUCAUCGUUGGUGUUUUCAUCCACAAUGAAACAGAUGCCCAUCAACUCAAGUAUCUUGUGCAAUGACUAUGGUAGUAUCAGUUCGUUUGAAAGGACGAAUAUCAAUGGUCAGUUUAGUGUGGAUAAGCCAAGUGUAAAGGAGAGAGUUAUUGUUAAAUUGACUUGCACGAAUAAAGGCAUUUCUAGUUUCAAGUUACUAUUUGAAUGUUAUUAUCUUUGGUGUAAAUUACUCUGUUUCUAUACUUGGUUGAUGAGAUAUGUCGUGUGUUUGUUGGUCAUCUAUAUUCUACGAUACAAUGACAUGGGCGUGUUGCCGUUCAGAUUUGAGGAUAUAGCUGAUAGAAGGAAGUUAGCAAAUGAACUCUGCGACGAUUUUCCAACCUAG